AUGUCCAUUGGGAGCAUCGUUGGUAUUCUGAUCGCAGGAUAUUGUAGUUAUGGAUUUUACCAUUACUCCAGCAACACAGGCGGCGUGGGGCACUGGUGGUACAAAGAGGCAGCGAGUGAAAUUCCGCUCUUCAAGACGCAGAUUGUGUCAGAAGACCCUCUUCUAGUCUACGUUGAUAACUUCAUCACUGAGGCGGAGGUAUCCCAACUACUAGAUAUUGGGGAAACUCAGUAUUCUCCUUCGAAAUUAUCAACCGGAACAAGUGGCGAUGCGUAUCGGUCAUCUCGGUCGGCGGGCCUACCACCAUCGGAGCCUUCGGUCGCGCGUGUGGGAAGCCGUGCACUCUCUCUGAUGGCAUCACUCACAGAGGCCUCUAACGACUUCGGUAUACCCCAACUAGUGACUUAUAAGCCCGGCCAGCAGUACAAGCUCCAUUAUGAUUGGUUUCAAGAGUCAAUGCGGUAUAAGGACGGACGACUGUGCAAUCGCGUUGCCAGUGUCUUUGUCUUCCUAGAAGCCGACUGCACCGGCGGAGAAACAUAUUUUCCGCGCAUUGAGUUGGUGGCUACAAGCUUACUUGAUGAGGGUAAAGCUAUUCAAAAUGGCUCAUUUGAGGGAGUCAUGUUUAAACCGAUACCAGGAAAUGCGCUCUUUUGGAUCAACCUUCCAGGUAAUGGAACCGGAGAUAAGCGUGUUCUGCACGGGGGUCUACCGGUGCAUACGGGCACCAAGACUGGGAUGAACAUUUGGCCAUUGAAGUGUGAGCCAUAG